CGCCCAACGCACUUGCUUCUGCACUCUACCCGGUUACUGACGCAGCUCCACAGAGUUCGGCACCUACAUACAGAAACAUUCACUAUGCCGAACAUAAAGAUCUUUAGCGGGAGUUCGCACCAGGAUUUGUCCCAGAAGAUUGCGGACCGUCUGGGGCUAGAGUUAGGCCGGGUGGUAACAAAGAAGUUUAGUAACCAAGAGACUUGUGUGGAGAUCGGGGAGAGCGUGCGUGGAGAGGAUGUUUAUAUCGUUCAAAGCGGUUGUGGGGAAAUCAAUGACAAUUUAAUGGAACUUCUCAUCAUGAUAAACGCCUGCAAGAUAGCAUCAGCAUGUCGUGUCACCGCUGUAAUACCAUGUUUUCCAUAUGCACGCCAGGACAAGAAAGAUAAGUCUCGAGCACCUAUCUCCGCUAAGUUGGUUGCUAAUAUGUUAUCUGUGUCUGGAGCUGAUCACAUUAUCACUAUGGACCUGCAUGCAUCCCAAAUCCAAGGAUUCUUUGAUAUACCUGUGGACAACUUGUAUGCAGAACCAGCUGUCCUGAAGUGGAUUAAAGAAAAUAUUGCAGAGUGGAAGACUUGUACAAUUGUAUCACCUGAUGCAGGAGGGGCUAAGAGAGUGACCUCAAUCGCUGACCGCCUUAAUGUUGAUUUUGCUUUGAUCCACAAGGAGAGAAAAAAAGCAAAUGAAGUAGACCGAAUGGUGCUAGUUGGAGAUGUUAAGGACAAAGUGGCCAUUCUUGUGGAUGAUAUGGCCGAUACCUGUGGAACCAUCUGUCAUGCUGCAGAUAAACUCCUCUCUGCCGGUGCCACAAAGGUCUACGCUAUCCUCACGCAUGGUAUAUUCUCUGGACCAGCCAUUUCUAGAAUAAAUAAUGCCUGUUUUGAAGCAGUUGUUGUAACAAACACUAUCCCCCAGGAAGAAAAGAUUCGACACUGUUCUAAGAUUCAGGUCAUCGAUAUCUCCAUGAUUUUGGCAGAAUCCAUUCGCCGAACACACAACGGAGAAUCUGUAUCUUACCUUUUCAGCCAUGUCCCCUUAUAGUAUCCAAUGAGAAGACGCCUGCUGCCUACACCUGCUCCCUCAUGAAAACCUACUUAAGCCAAGCUUGAAGGGGGAGUGCUGUUCCUUUCAUCACACCCAUGUGCAGAUCUGCUACGCAUCCAGCUCUUGCCCCAGGGUGGGUGUAUUUAUUUACUGGAUUGCCACAGGUCCAUACUGAAGCUGAGCCGUGAGGGAGAGGGGUACAGAGCAUCCGUCCACUGUUUUAUUUUGUUUGCAUUUUAUGAACUAUUAGGAAAACUGUCCUCCUGAUUGAGGCGUUGAGUGCGAGUUGAGUCGAAAAUAACUGAAGUGGUGAGGAGAGAGUCUGUGGAGAAGAUGAUUGUGUUUGUAUUGUGUAAAAAAAAAAAUUUUUUUUUUUUUAAAAUAAAGUUGCUUCUCAAAGGCUAUAAAA